AACUUAAAAGCCACCCUCCCGCUCGGAGCGUGCCUUUCCUCGCCACACUCGCCUCCCCAAAGCUCCAGCUGGUGCCUGGCUCCCCGCCUGUCCCGUCUCGGCGCUCCGGAGCCAGCAGCGCCCCCUGCCUCCGCGUCUGGCCUCUGCGGCCGCAGCCUCCGCGCUCCGUCAGGGCCGCCGGCGGCUCCGCGGCUCAGCUAGGGCUGCGUCUCAGAGGAGCUCGCGCCGGUGCCCGGGUCGCCGCCGCGCACGCCCACAGCCUGCAACCCCUUCCUCUCUUCCUGAAAGGACUUCUGGCCCAGAGAGAGGGGGAGAAGAGUUCGCGGCAGAUUAACACCCUUUGAAAGAGGACAUUGUUUUCAAAAUGACUGCUAAUAAAAAUGAGAGACCAAAGUUCAGGAGCCACGACUUUCACCUUUUUCAUGCCUUGAUGAUAUUAUGCAUGACCAUGCUAUUUCUUCCAGUCAUUGGAACUUCUAAGCAAAAUAUUCCACGACUCAAGCUGACUUACAAAGACUUGCUGCUUUCAAAUAGCUGCAUUCCCUUUUUGGGUUCAUCAGAAGGACUAGAUUUCCAAACCAUCCUGUUGGAUGAGGAGAGGGGCAGGCUGCUUGUAGGAGCCAAGGACCACAUCUUCCUGCUCAGUCUGGUUGACUUAAACAAAAAUUUUAAGAAGAUUUAUUGGUCCGCUGCAAAGGAACGAGUGGAAUUAUGUAAAUUAGCUGGGAAAGAUGCCAAUACAGAAUGUGCAAAUUUCAUCCGCGUACUUCAACCCUAUAACAAAACUCACAUUUAUGUGUGUGGAACUGGAGCAUUUCAUCCAAUAUGUGGUUAUAUUGAUCUUGGAGUCUACAAGGAGGAAGUUGUAUUCAAACUAGACACACAUAACUUGGAGUCUGGCAGACUGAAAUGUCCUUUUGACCCUCAGCAGCCUUUUGCCUCAGUAAUGACAGAUGAGUACCUCUAUUCUGGAACAGCGUCUGAUUUCCUUGGCAAAGACACGGCAUUCACGCGGUCCCUUGGGCCUACUCAUGACCAUCAUUACAUCAGAACCGACAUUUCGGAACACUACUGGCUCAAUGGAGCAAAAUUUAUUGGAACUUUCCCUAUACCAGACACCUAUAAUCCAGAUGAUGACAAAAUAUAUUUCUUCUUUCGUGAAUCAUCUCAAGAAGGCACUACUUCUGAUAAGACCAUCCUUUCUCGAGUUGGAAGAGUUUGUAAGAAUGAUGUAGGAGGACAACGCAGCCUGAUAAACAAAUGGACGACUUUUCUUAAAGCCAGAUUGAUUUGCUCCAUUCCCGGAAAUGAUGGGGCAGAUACUCAUUUUGAUGAGCUUCAGGAUAUUUACUUACUCCCCACAAGAGAUGAAAGAAAUCCUGUAGUCUAUGGAGUCUUUACCACAACCAGCUCCAUCUUCAAAGGCUCAGCUGUUUGUGUAUACAGCAUGGCUGACAUCAGAGCAGUUUUCAAUGGUCCAUAUGCUCAUAAGGAAAGUGCAGACCAUCGCUGGGUGCAGUAUGAUGGAAGAAUUCCUUAUCCCCGACCUGGCACAUGUCCAAGCAAAACCUAUGAUCCACUGAUUAAAUCCACGCGAGAUUUUCCAGAUGAUGUCAUCAGUUUCAUCAAGCGGCACCCUGUGAUGUUUAAAUCAGUAUACCCAGUUGCGGGAGGACCAACAUUCAAGAGGAUCAAUGUGGAUUACAGACUGACGCAGAUCGUGGUGGAUCAUGUUGUUGCAGAAGAUGGUCAAUACGAUGUAAUGUUCCUUGGAACAGACAUUGGGACAGUCCUCAAAGUGGUCAGCAUUUCAAAGGAGAAGUGGAAUAUGGAAGAAGUAGUAUUGGAGGAGUUGCAGAUAUUCAAGCACUCAUCAAUCAUCUUGAACAUGGAGUUGUCUCUGAAGCAGCAACAAUUGUACGUUGGCUCCCGCGAUGGGUUGGUUCAGCUCUCCUUGCACAGAUGCGACACGUAUGGGAAAGCCUGUGCAGACUGUUGUCUGGCCAGAGACCCCUACUGUGCCUGGGAUGGAAAUGCAUGCUCUCGAUACGCACCCACUUCAAAGAGGCGAGCUAGACGGCAAGAUGUAAAGUAUGGAGACCCAAUCACUCAAUGCUGGGACAUAGAAGACAGCAUUAGUCAUGAAACUGCUGAUGAAAAGGUGAUUUUUGGCAUUGAAUUUAAUUCAACCUUUCUGGAAUGUAUACCUAAAUCCCAACAAGCAUCUAUUAAGUGGUAUAUCCAGCGGUCAGGAGAUGAGCAUCGAGAGGAGUUGAAACCUGAUGAAAGGAUCAUCAAAACAGAGUACGGGCUACUGAUUCGAAGUCUGCAGAAGAAGGACGCUGGGAUGUAUUACUGCAAAGCACAGGAACACACUUUUAUCCACACCAUAGUGAAGCUGACUUUGAAUGUCAUUGAGAAUGAACAGAUGGCAAAUACCCAGAGGGCAGAGCACGAGGAGGGGCAGGUCAAGGAUCUGUUGGCAGAGUCACGGUUGAGAUACAAAGACUACAUCCAAAUCCUUAGCAGCCCAAACUUCAGCCUCGACCAGUACUGUGAACAGAUGUGGUACCGGGAGAAGCGGAGACAGCGAAACAAGGGCGGCCCCAAGUGGAAGCACAUGCAGGAAAUGAAGAAGAAACGAAAUCGAAGACAUCACAGAGACCUGGACGAGCUUCCUAAAGCCAUGGACACGUAGCUGUCUGUUUAAUUUAAAGAAAGGAAUUCUUUACCUGCAAAAAUACCGUCUUCUGUUUUGUACACCCCGUAUACUAACUCAUAAGAGCUUUCCAUGGAGUUUUGCUAAGGCAAAGAACACAAGAACAGUGAUCUGAUUAAGACUAUAUAUGGUGAAUAUGGCAUAGUAAGGGCAACUAAUUCAUCUGGACCAGUUUUCCAAGAACUAAACACGUACCUGCAAAGUAUCAGAAUUAUCCUCAAAAUUGGGGCUUUACAUUUGUAAAUGUUUGAUGUGCUGAGUUUUUGAAUUUAUUAUGUCAUGUAAAUAAUUGAGCUGAGCGAGCAUCAAAUUUGAUAUUACAAUUUGAUAUUACAAUAAGGUGCUUUAUUUCCCUUGUAUGGCCAUUAAGCACAGACUUGACCAUGCAGUUGUGCUAUAUAUGUGUUCUUAGGAACAGAUACAUCAUUCCACUCUAGAACUCGCUCCCUUGUGGUAGGAUUUGGAGAGAAGACACAAAUUCGUACAGCUCACACUAUCAGCAGGAACUUUCCCAGGGAUCCCUUCACUCUUGGUGCAGGGUUUAGGAAUUUGGAGAGGUGCAUUAUUUCAGACCCCAGAGGUUACAUUCGGUGUACUGCGGUGUGAUAUACUGAAGGAUGUAAAUGCUCCUCCCAGGAUUCCUUAUGACUUGUCAAGAGUAACAGGUUCACAGAGAGAAGUUGGUACUUGGUUAUGUGUUUUUAGAAUAUACACUGAGCUUUACAGGGACAGAACGUUUCAUAAAUAUUUUAAUAAUAUAUGAGAAAACAUUUUAAUAAGGGAAACACCAUGAUGUAUACUGCGUCCUGAUGGGAAGGCAUGCAGAUGGAAUUUGUUAAGAGACAGAAAGAAAGACAGCCAUAAAUUCUGGCUUUGGGGAAAACUCAGAUCCCCAUAAAAAGGAAGAACGAUCACAAAUAAACUGGGCAAAAUGUUAUGUAGCUUUAUUCACUAGAGUAUGAGUAGCUGCCAAUUUGUAAUCCAUCUGUUAAAAAAAUUCUACCUUAUAACAAACUGCUAGCGAAAGUCUGAGGAAAAGUAAAUUUUCUAAAAGAUCAUGGGAAGAAUGAACACAAAUUUAUUUACAACCAAUGGGACUUCAGUAGUACUUCCUCUCUCUUUUUCUAAAAUUUCAUUAUACUCUGUAAAUUAUUUCCAUUUACUGCCUUUAUUCUCUCCUGAAUAUUGGAUUAUUGGAUUUUAUUUGAGUGAAUAUACAUAUAUAGAGAGAUAGAAUUAGGUAGACAACAGAGGUGGGGAGCGGGGAUAUAUAUUUGUUGAGUAAUAGAACAAAUGCAAAAAUGUUGACAACGGAAAGGGUUAAAUUAACUCUUUGACAUCUUUUCUUCACACAAUCUUUUUGCAUUUCCUGAGAUUGUAUGCUGUAAUUCAAGUAGCAUUGUUUUAGUAAUUUAAUAAUAAAUAAGCCUAAUGCAUGUAAAGAAACCGAACUCACAGCAUUAACAUAAACAUUUUUCGUAUUUUGUUAGCACUUUCAAAUGUUUCCAAUUUGACUUUCCCUCUGCGGACGUAUGGUAUGUUUCCUGCCUGUUGGAGCUGAACUCACCUUUCCUUCUUGGAACGCAAAACCCUUUGCCUUCUUCUGUUUUGCCUCUUCACGCCCUUUUUAGUGUGAAAUGAAAAAUUAGUCACUUCCUCACAUGGAAGGCAGCCUUUCAGAAAACUGAAUAGCAGACAUUGCCCAUCUAGCAUGCAUUCUGCAUGUCUUGAAAGAAGAGCCUGUGAGAACCUGGUGGUGAGAGGGUGCGUUAUGAAGAGUUUUGGUAUCAUGUCUGUGACUGCCUUUAUGUUGGGAACAUUCAAUCUUAUGUUCAUUUUCUUUGCCUUCCUUACCUAUCUCAAAGUAGUCACACGGCUGUAUGAGGUUAGGUACCCCUUUUGAAAUGAUACCCGUAAAUAUUUGUAGAUGUUUCACUAGAUUGAAAACUUGAAGAUUUUUUUGUUUUGUUGUUGUUGUUGUUGUUUGUUUGUUUUGUUUUUUGUUUUUUAAAGUGAACCAGAAACAAUGACUCUUAAAAAAGUAAUGCAGAAGAAUAGCUGUGUGUGGGGGGGGAUCAGGCUGCUAAUUGAAUAUCAUAAAGAGAGUGUUUGUAAUUAUUGAUUUGCCAGGUUUAAAUGUUCCAGGAACUCAUGACAAGCUCAAAGUGAAUAAUGGGAGCAUGUUUAAUUUUUAAGAUUUCCUAAGAUUUGUAUGUCAAACAGUCAUGAUCAAAGUAUAGGUGACUUUGGGAAAAUUACAUGAAACUCAAAUGUUAAGAUUGACGUGUAAUAAAUUUGGUUUUCAUAAAAAUAUGAAAGUUCAAGCCAUUUUUAAAUUACUCCUUUCUAAUCUUAAUUAUUUAGAUAAAAUUUGGGCAAACUUUUUUUACUUUGCAGCUAAUAUUUUGGCUGCUUUGGAUCUAAAACAUUAAUUUAUGAUAAUUGCUUAAAUAUAUUUGAAAUAUUGAAUAAAUAUUGAGUAAAACAAAAUGUCAUAUAAUAAAAAAAUGGGCAAAGAUUUAUGUGUAUUUAUAAAGAUAGAGGAUCUAGGCUACAUUUAAUUUUUUAACCUUUUAAUUGCCUAGAACACUUACAAGGACAGUAUGAAUAUAUUAAGUCUAGAGAUGAGACACAAUAUAUACUUCCUCACCACUGAAUCUUUUACCAAAUUUUCCUUGAAAUAAUGAAAAAUAAAAUUAGAGUUAAUAGUUUCAGAUAUGUUUGUUAAGAAACUAGCUAUCUAUGGAGAGGUCUUAAAAUGUCUGCCUAUUCUUGGUUUCAUAUUUUUCUCCCCUGUUUCGAAUAUAUACGUCUUUAACUUGCAUAUUCUCGCCUGUGUUUCAUUCCAGCUAUUUAUGCUGCUAAAUGGAAUCCUGCCUUUCUGCAUACAUUUACAUUCACUUUAUUGGGGAUUUUAAGAGUUUGCUUGGAAAUGAAGAGUCUACAUAAUUAAUUUAUGUAGAACCUUUUUUUCCCUCCAAAGAGCUCAACACACUACAUUCAUAUUACUGAAUAAACAUUUCUGAAAACCAACCAAAUUACUUAAGAGUUGGAAAAAUAGUCAUAGAGAAAUUCAGAAAUUUGCAAAAGCUACAACAGAAUUAUAAUCUAUACCAAAUCUCAUCAAUCGGUUGGCUAACUGAUGAUGCUCAUUUACAACAUGCUGCCUACAAAAUGGUAUUACUCUUGAAUUCUGCUUUUGGUCUAUAUUUCAGUUCUUUUAUGCUAUUAGGUUUUGUUCCUGCUGAAUUGUAUAGACUCGAUUAAAAAAUAAGUUUACAGUGGCCAGUGCCUGUUUUUCAACAUUAUCAAAGGUAAGCUUUCAAAGACAAUUUUCUAUUAUCCAGAUGUCCACAAAAUAUUAAGUUCAACAAUAGCAUUAAUUAAACACUGAUAUUUUAAACUUAAAUAUAAGCUAUAUUUCAUAUAUAUCAUAAAUACAAAGGAAAAUUAAAACUGAAACAGCUUUCUCUUUAGAAUGCUACAUUUGUCUUAGACAACAUGUUGGAAAAUGGAUUAGUCUUAUUGGGAAUGGACAGUUUAGAAAAAAAGAGAUAUUUGAAGUGUUUUUAUAAAAAAAUACAUUUUUUCUCACAGGAAAUAACCAAAAUAUUUAAAUAACUUGGCUUACAUGUGAGGUUAAAAAAUAAGAUCUAAAAUUCCAACAUUCUACAUAUUGACAGUGCAAAGACAGGAACAUGCGCAUGAUUUAUACCUCUCAUUUAAAUAUUUUGUAGUAUAGUGUAUUUAUGGUAAGUUUGAGAUAGAUGAUUUUUUGGGGGAAGGGCAACAAUCUAUCAGUUAAUCAUGUAAUUUAAUUCCGGUAUUAUAAGUGGCUACCAAUCAAUUUUGAAUUACAGUUUUGCUAUUUUAAAAGAAAUGUAGUCUUGUAAUCUAAAAUAAUUGAAAAUUGUCAAAUGUAUAUUUUGGUUGUAUUAUAAUAAAACACAAACAUUAGUGUUCUAUGGUUAUAA